AUGACUUGUCCGGAAGUAUUACGCUACAUUAAGAAAAGAUGUCGCCUUUUCCAGUAUGAUUAUAAAACGAAUGACAGAUCGCAUUACGCAACUUUACCAAGUGCAGAACGACUUCACAAGGGAAUUGUUAUGGCGAUGUGCGAUGAGGGGCUUCGCUCUUUAAAGAAAGAUUAUGAACUAGACUUCGAAGCUGUGAAGCCAAAAGUCGACAAUGUGGUACGUGUGAUGGUACCAUUCGAAGAUGAAUUAGAGAAAGUAAAAAAUAGAGUUCUUCGAAAAACGCUAAAAUAUAUAGACAGUUUAAAAAUCGCGGGCUAUGCGGAAGUAGUCGAAUAUUAUAAAGACAAAGCAUUUAAAUAUUUACAGGUUCUUCAUGCAGAAUCAGAAGCAGUCUUAAUACAAGCAGAAAAUGAAGAAGUCCAAAGUGAAAAGAAGCGAGCUAAUGAAGAAAUAAAAAUUAACCCAAGAAAAGAAAAUUUUAUCGGACAAUUUACAAAAAGAAAAAGACAAGCGAUUAUCAGCAGAAGAAUAAUUGGAUCUGACAACCAAAGAAUUAGAACAUGA